AUGUCAGAUAACCCAGACGUCCCCAAAAACAACAAGGCCUUCGUGCCCCUCGAAAACAACCCAGAAGUGAUGUCCCAUCUAGUUCAUCAACUCGGACUCUCCCCAUCUUUAGGCUUCACAGACGUAUUCUCGCUCGAUGAACCGGAUCUCCUCGCGCUCGUCCCUCGCCCCUCGCACGCCCUCCUCCUCGUCUUUCCCGUCUCGAAAACUUACGAAUCAUCUCGCAUUGCAGAAGAUGGACCCCUAUCUGAGUACUCCGGCUCGGGCCCCCAAGAACCCGUAACGUGGUUUAAGCAGACGAUUCGGAAUGCAUGCGGGCUUAUCGGACUCCUCCAUACCGUGUCGAAUGGCGAGGCGAGGCAGCAUAUUCUUCCCGGUUCAGAUUUGGAGGGACUUCUGAAAGAGGCGGAGGGGUUAGAGCCUAACCAGAGGGCAGAUCUGUUAUAUGAGAGUAAGGCCUUGGAGAGUGCGCAUGCUGAUGCGGCGAAAUUGGGUGAUACGCAGGCGCCUGGGGCCGAGGAUGAUGUGGAUUUGCACUUUGUGGCAUUUGUUAAAGGUGCUGACGGGAAACUGUGGGAACUUGAUGGGCGGAGAAAGGGGCCUCUGGAGCGUGGUGCGCUUGGAUCUGAGGAGGAUGCGUUGAGUGAGAAGGCGUUGAAGCUGGGGGUUAGACGGUUCUUGGAUGUUGAGGCCAAGGGAGGAAACCCGGAUCUGAGAUUCAGUCUUGUUAGUCUAGGGGGUGUUUUUGAUUGA